UCUUCCUCAUUCCCUGCUCAGCUCUAUGAACCAUGCAUGCCCAAGCCAAGGAGGGUCAGAGCUGGAACAGUGUUCUCUCGGGCCAGGAACACGGGCUGUUCACCAGCAAGUAAGCACUGUCCCUAUGGCCGAAGGCGGCUGCUCAGGCUCUCACCAACAGGAAGGAGCCCCUCAGAGAGGAGGAACACUGCUGGAGGAAAACACCAAAUGGCAGCCGCCAGUGCAGCGGGAGGGCCUGGAGGACCCAGGGGCCCAGGAUUAGGAGGCUGUGGUGGCCUCAGCGGGGCUCGUGGAGGUAAAGCUGAAGACAAGGAGUGGAUCCCCAUCACCAAGCUGGGCCGCCUGGUUAAGGACAUGAAGAUCAAGUCCCUGGAGGAGAUCUACCUUUUCUCCCUUCCCAUUAAGGAAUCCGAGAUCAUUCACUUUUUCCUGGGCGCAUCCCUAAAGGAUGAGGUUCUAAAGAUCAUGCCAGUGCAGAAUCAGACUUGGGCUGGCCAGUGGACCAGGUUCAAGCCAAGGCCACCUUUGAUGCCAUCUCCAAGAGCUACAGCUACCUGACCCCUGACCUCUGGAAAGAGACGUGUUCACCAAAUCUCCUUAUCAGGAAUUCACUGACCAUCUUGUGAAAACCCACACCAGAGUAUCUGUUCAGAGGACCCAGGCUCCAGCUGUGGCCACCA